AUGUCUUCGCCACAACGAGCACCCCGGGUUUGCCGGAUUUGCAAAAUCAAGAAGAAGGCGUGCGGCAAAGAACUACCAGUCUGUUCAUACUGUUUCAAGCGUGGUUUCGAUUGUGUUUACGAGAAUGAGAGCGAUACGCCGAAACAUAGCGAUAGUGGAGGAGAGGUCUUCAAACCAUGGUCUCUUACGUUAUUCCCAAUGUCCAUCUCUACUGCCACUUUGGACAAAACGAUGUCUUAUCACAUGCAUUACCUCUAUAAGGUAGUCGGUCAAUCUCCUCUUGAGGCUGGGAAACGAUUCCUUGAGAACUUUCAGAGGUGGUUACCUAUCAUAGCCCCACGGCGCCUGCAUGAGCUUAUUGAGUUAAGCGAGCGAGGGUUUCCUGGGGCUGACGUUUCUGUUCUUUUGCUCUCCAUAUGCCUUGUCACUAUGCGGUCAGGUGGAGACUUGGCUGGUCCUUUUGUUCAUCAUACUGCAGUACAUGUUGCUGUAAAAACACUGUACGCCCAGGUUCAAGCUAGUAUGCAUGCCAACACAGCUUUGGUCCGAGCUGGUGUUAUCAUAUCGGCGUAUGAGUAUGCCAGUGGCCAGAUUGACUCAGCUUCCAUCUCUAUUGCUGCUUGUAUCAGAAUGGCACAAGUUAUUGGAAUCGGCAUUGCAUAUGAUAGGCUGGGUGCCGUUCAGGAAGAGACGAGAUUACAGGCAAUGGCAGACUGGAACUUGUGGUGGUCUAUCAUCGUCCUGGAAAGCCAUGCCAAACACCGAAGUCCGGCGGCAGUCUUCCCAGAUACCGAUGUGCCUUUACCUUCCGACGUUGAAUCAAACGGCGAAUACGUUCCGAUAUAUUGCACCAUGGCUUCUUCAACACUACGGGGCUCUUCUGGCUUAAGCAGUUUCGGACGGCAAGCGCAAGCUAUCUAUAUGCUUGACAGCUGCUUGAAUGGAACGAAUCAAUCUGAGAAAUGUGAUGUUAAAACACGGCUCUUGAAGCUACAGCAAUUAGACCAAGAGUUGCAAGAGCGGUUAUCCGAGUUCAUGACACAGCCACUGCAUGAACCGGGGCUGCGUUGUGGAACUAUCGCAACAGUAAUAAGGUCCUUAUACAUUCUACACGAGGAGAUAUUGUCACGGGCGGGCUCGUUGCCUGUACACGCUGACCGAGAGGGAUGGGCAAAGAGCUCCAAAGCCGCUAUGGAGACUAUCACUACCAUUAUGAUUGAUGUUGCCAAGCAUCACCUGGAUCAUAUUGCUCGCUAUGGUGUCGACAGCUUGGUGUUUUGUUGCGCAUAUAAUCUUCGGGUAGCUAUAAGGUAUAUUGGAGAUCGUUAUGUCGCGUUAAUCCAUGUCCUCAUUCAAACUCAGCAGACAAUGUCACAGAUCGACCAAUUGCAUAUGGAACAAAGCUCCCAUAUGGGCGAUGACAUGGAUGAACCGCUUCUCGAUAUCAGAGCGAGAUAUACAGACCCCAGCAUUGCGGCGCAGUUAGUUCACAUUCAAGCAGCCAACGUGCCGCAACAGAAGUCUUUGAAAUUUCUCGAGAAACUCAAGUGCCUAUAUUUCACAAAUCCAUCGCAAUGCGAUGAUGCUAAAGGCUUAACACAACCGAGUCUAACUCUGGUCACAAUCAACGCUUUUACGAAGAGAAAUUAUAUAGCUCUCUCGUACACAUGGAAGCCAUCUCCAGAAGAGGCCAAUAUCUCUAACGGUGGGUACUUGGUUGAAGACAUUCAGUCUGGCCGUAUGGAACCAUCAUCCGUGAGAAAUACAGUCUUUAGCCGGAUAAAGCGGUACAUGGAUCAUGUCAAUUCUAAGUAUCUGUGGAUCGAUAAGCACUGCAUCCAUCAACAGGAAGGCGAAACGAAAGAGAUAGGCAUGCAGGCAAUGGAUCGAGUCUAUAGCCUUAGCCACCACCCAGCCGCGUUGCUAUCGCGAACUAUCAAUACCUCGGAACAGCUCCAACUACUCACCGGCAUCCUCUCCGGAAGCUUUGUGACAAGGCGUGGAAACGAGAACUUGCUAUCAUCGCCGGCGGAUUGGAAAAGCGCUCUAGAUGCACUUCAGCUUCUACAUUAUAUCACCUCAGAUAUUUGGUUCUCCCGAGGAUGGACUUACCAGGAGAACUAUCGUGCGAACAAGAGUAUGACACUUCUUAUGACCCAUUGCGCAACACUCAAUCAUGAAAAGUCAUCUCGUCACUUUGGAUCUUUUGACGGAGAACUCUUGGACGGAGAACUCUUGAUCAGUUCCGCGGGACUUUACGCACAGGCAACAAAACUUUGCCUAGCCUAUUCAAAUCAUCAACCGCCGCCACCGUAUUUGAACACCAUCCUCUCGAGAGCCAAGCGAUAUACAAUUAUACUCGCUGGCGACGAAGACUCGGCCCCAGUGUCAAUGUCCCCGACUAUCAUCGAAGACAUAGCGAGUCGCCAACUGGAAAGAGAGUGGGAUAGACUAGCCAUCAUCGCCAACUGUUGCCAGUAUACCAAGCGCUUGAACAGCACUAAGCUCCAGAGCGACAAGCACAGCCUUAGUUUGUCCUUGCUUACACUUGUUCUGGUGAAUGGGGAGAUCUUGUUUAAUCAUCCUCGGGACAAGCUUGACGCGAGAAAAAUUACUAUCACGGAGUUUUUACAUAGGCAUUUCUUCUAUGGCUUGGAGUCUCCGUGGGAAAAAGGAAAACUUACUUUUAAUAAGGGUUGUCGUUUUGCCAACGUUGUUUUGACUGAUGAGGGUGUACGGACUAAGGGUUACCUAUGGCGGUUGGACGACGAGAUCACAACGGCUGGCUUUCACAACUAUAGUCAACCUCGCGGAAGGAAAAAGCACCGCCAGCCGGUAGAAGAGGCUAUCAUGCAGGGGGAACUACUUUGCACUGCAACUUUGCUCGGUGCUAGGCCUCUAGGUGUUGGUGUCUUUGUCGUUCAGUUGGAAGAUUCUGACGCCGAAAGUAGUGGGAUGGGUUCUGAAAUGAGUCUUGAUGACGACGAUUAUGAUGAAGAUUGCUACGUGUUCACGUCCUUUCAGCGUGCGCAAUGCGAUCGUGAGGGUUUCGACCUCAAUGACCUCGACAAGCAUGUCUCACUCGAAUCAUUCGUUACCAUGAUUUCGCGCAAUCUUCUCACCGGGACCAUCGUCUUAUUGGCGGCUAAUUUUGCGAACGCUGGGCCCUGCCGUCCUUUGUCAAUUGUUUCCUCGUCAACUGUCAUUGCGUCCGUCAGUCAGACAACAGCCAGUUCUUUCGAAAGCGAGACCGCGACUUCCACUGCUUCUAUCGAUGCGACCCAGACUUCUACCAUCUCAACCGAGUCUGAGUCUCAUACCGAGACUGGUACGACUGUAACUAUCGAAACCACUACUGGUGCCUCUUCCAUUGAAACCACCACCACUGCCCUUGUCGACACCACCACGACCGCACUAGCUAUCACCACUGCCGAGACCACCACCGACGCUACAACCACCACUGCCGCAGCCAGUACCACCAGCGAAGAGCCUGAAGCAGUCCAAUCCGUUUUCAUCUACGCCCGCGGCAGCAGUGACCCCUCCCUCGCACCCCUCAGCGGCUCAGGCUUCACCGAACUCAGCGACACACAAAUUCCCGAUGUACAAUUCAUCGACUUCACUACUGACGUCAGCUCGACUCUAUUCUUCACCGUCGGAGAACGCAGCGGCAAAGUCAAGAUCGGCAAUGGCGCUAAUGUUGGGAAAAUUGCCGGGUACUUUUCAACAGGAUCCGACUACAGUUUGGUGCUUGCUACGGAAGCUACGCUUGGCGAGGAGAAUGGUGUUUCGCCUAUAGACUGCGAGAUAAUCCAGGGGAAUGGGUUCCAGAGCCUUCAGUGUCAGUAUGGUGAUAAGGGAAAUGCCGACUUUUGGACCUGUGAAGGACAUUUGGUGCUGGUGAGCCCUGGAGUCGACUUCACAAGCAGGUGUCCCCGCGCUACGACAUCCUACAGGCUGGCCUACAUUCAGGUGGUCAACACUUCGUAA